CGGCAGCGGGAGCAGGGCAGGGCAAAGCGAUUCCCUGGAGACGUCAAAGAGACCGGGGCAGCGCCGGGGGACUGAGGGCGAAGGUUCGAGUCCAGCCUCUGCUGUUGGAACUUGGCGUGCGCUCCUCAAAGCAAAGCCACAGACCAAAGAAAGAAAAAAAAAAUAAGGAGAGAGAAGCAUUUAAAGCAGUUGGUUUAUUAUUAUUAUUAUUAUUUUAAAAUCUACUGGGUUGGAGAAAUGUGAACCCUGGAGCAGGAUGGUCUCCCGGUCAGAUUUGAUUUAAAAUCCCGAAGAAGGGGGAAGGAGAAGGAGCACUAGGAAAAAUAUUAGGGAUUUUUGGAGAAUGGCGAGCGACAAGGACUUGGAAAACCUCAUCAACGAGGCGAUCUGCUCGAUCUGCUUGGAGUUUUACACGGAACCGGUGAUGAUAGACUGCGGGCACAGCUUUUGCAGGGUCUGCAUCCUCGGCUACUGGGACAGGAACAGCGACAGCAUCUCCUGCCCCAAGUGCAGGGAGGUGUUCCCGCACAGGAACGUCAGGCUGAACCGCUUCGCGGCCAACACGGUCGAGAGUGUCCGCAAGCUCAGCACCAAGCCCAGGGAGGCCAGCUCCGUGCGCUGCGAGCUGCACGACGAGAAGCUCAAGCUCUUCUGCGAGAACGACAAGACCGCCAUCUGCGUGGUGUGCGCCGUCUCCCAUGAGCACAAAGACCACAAGAUCAGCCCCCUGAAGGAUGUCGCCGAGAUCUACAAGGUAAAGGCAGCCACGAGAGGGAACCGCACCCCACCACCUUUGAUGAAGGGAAAGCUGCAGACUGCACUGGACAUGCUGAACAAGCAAGUGGAUGAAAUUUCCAACAGCCAAACCCACCAGCAGGCGAAUAUAGCUGAGCUGAGGAAACAAGCUGAUACCAUGAGGAAGAACAUCGAGUCCGAGUUUGCCAAAAUGCGCCAGUACCUGCGGGACGAGGAAAAGAUCCUGAUGGGCAAGAUUAAGAAGAAGGAAGACAGCAUUCUGCAGCAGCUGGAGGAGAACCUGAAGGCAGCCUCAGCAGAGAGGGCCCUGUUGAAUGAACGCAUCAUGGACAUACAGCAGAGGAUGACUAUGAAGGAUGCAGAGAUCCUCAAGGAUAUAAAACUAUUCCUUGAGGGAACGGAGACAGUCAAAAUGAAGCACACAGAAUCCACUUUUAGUCUGAAUCUGUACGAUCCUAUUGGACCGCUGCAGUAUAUAGUGUGGAAACGGAUGCUGAAGGUUAUCAAUCCAGUUCCAGCCCUCCUGACGCUGAACCCCCAGACUGCGCACCCUCGGCUCCUCCUGUCAGACGAGGACACCCAGGUGAGGAGGGGCGAAUGGAAGAAGGUGCCUGAGUUCCCUGAGCGCUUCAAUUUCCUGCUGAGCGUCCUGGCCAUGCAGGGCUUUAACACCGGCCGACACUACUGGGAGAUAGAUGUGGGCAACAACACGGCCUGGGACGUGGGAGUGGCCAAAGCUUCGGUGGCCAGGAAGGCCAUACCGGAGAACGGGGUCUGGGCGGUGGGUCUGUGGGACCAGGAAUACACUGCCUUCACCAACCCUCGCACUGUCCUGCACCUGGGAAGCAUGGUUCCCAAGCAGGUGGGGGUCUACCUGGACUACGAGGAGGGGCAGGUCUCGUUUUACAAUGCCAAGUCGAUGGCCCACAUCUACACCUUCAUUGAGAACUUCACCGAGACUGUCUACCCUUACUUCAGCACCGAGAGCAGAACGGACCCACUGAAGCUGGUGACCCUGCAGCUGUAGUCCUUGGUGGCACCUGAAGGGGGUGCUCUCUCCACCGACAACCUUUCGAGCAGCAGGUGGUGUGAGGGGGUGGUGGUUGCUGGGUGGGAUGUUUGGGGAGGGGGUGCCAUGUAGGGUGUAGAAAAGGGGAUGGCGUUUUGUGAUUUUGUGACCAUAAGGCCUUCCUUAAUCUCCCACCCCUUAAACAACGUGGCUGCUCACAGUGAGUGGUUUCGAGCUGACCUCAUUACUGAGGGUCUACCUAAUUUCUCCCUUGGGACG